AACUUAAUUUCUCCAUUGGGUAUUUUUACAUGGACCAUUAUAGAAGGUAUAUCCAUGGUUGCCAUUUUAGGAAAUGGAUUUAUCAUAGUUGUGAGUGGGAACCGAUGGCUCCAAGCCAGGAAGAUGGUCCCUUCUGAUUUUCUCUUGACUAGUUUGAGUAUUUCCAGAGUGUUUUUGCAUGUAACCUUUGGACUUAUCUAUGUUUUGGAAGUCAGCAUUGGUGAAACCUUUAUGUAUACUUUUGCAUGGGAAACUAUAAGCUUUGUCUGGGUAUUUUCUAACAUGGCCAGCUUCUGGUGUGCUUCAUGGCUUAGUGUUUUCUACUGUGUGAAGGUCACCAACUUUGCCAACCGCUUUUUACUCUGGUUCAAGCCAAGGAUCAAUGUGCUCUCAGUUAGACUACUUGGAAUGUCAAUAAGUAGUCUUGUGUUCAUGUCCAUUCCCUUCUUCCAGAGUUACGCUGAAGAAAAAAAGCAGUGCAAUCUGACAAAGAAUCUGCAAGUGAAUGUCAGCAAAAUAGAGGUUUGCAGAGCCUUAUUUUUAAUUUUUCGUCGUUUUCAGUUAAUUGUUGUUUUGAUGAAUUUCAUCAUCAGCAUGAUUGCAACCAUUCUUUUGCUCACCUCUUUGUGGAAACACAUAAGGAAUCUGAAAAAGAGUGAAAUUGGUGCAAAAGACCUAAGUGCUCAGGUCCAUAUUAAUGUCAUGAAGCCUUUGGUGUUUUAUAUUUUCCUCUACCUUUCAUAUUUUGCCGGUGUGCUAAAUUUUGCAAGUCAUUCUGUGCACAAUGUUGAUGCUAUGGAGCGUUUGUCUGACAUCCUUCUUACCAUAUUUCCUGCAACACACACCAUAAUAUUACUUUUGAGCAAUCCAAAACUGAAAGCAUUGUUAGUUCGCACUCUAAAUACAAGACAAAAGGUUGAUCAAGAAAAGGGGCACCAGACAUGCAUUUCUUGUCUCCAAGGAUGA